UGUCGUCACUACCCGGCCAGACAGUUGCGAGAGACCUCGGCUCUGUUCGUUGUCACGAGAAGCCGCUCAACUCGAUUAGCCAACAGCCUCGGUAUUUGCGCGAUAAGGAGCAGGCUACGUCUUCAUCUUUUACAAAAGCUGCGGAACCACUGAAAAACAGGUAUUGAGCUCGUAAGAAGACCCAGCAUCUUUUUCACUUGUUUUUUUUUUUGUUUGUUUGUUUGAUUUUGUUUUCAGAAAAAUCCCUGUCCCUUCCCUCCCCCACCCUUUUUUUGUGAGUAUUAUUAUUACCUUAUUUCUAUUUGAUACCUUCAGAUUGGGGAUCUGUGAAGUUUCUUAAUGGCCGUCAGAAGGGGACACAUUAGGUACUUAAAAGAGGUUUAUGACAUGUCCAACGGCUACGAAGACCACAUGGCCGACGAGCCAAAAGACGCCAAAACCAACCUGAUCGUGAACUACCUGCCACAGAGCAUGACUCAGGACGAGCUGCGCAGUCUGUUCAGCAGCAUCGGCGAGGUGGAGUCCGCCAAGCUCAUCCGCGAUAAAGUGGCAGGUAAAGAUUCUGACAGCAGCCAGAGACACAGUUUAGGGUACGGAUUUGUUAACUAUGUUAACCCUAGUGAUGCAGAAAGGGCAAUCAGUACUCUGAAUGGGCUGAGGCUACAGUCUAAAACUAUCAAGGUGUCAUACGCCCGUCCGAGCUCGGACACCAUUAAGGAUGCUAACCUGUACAUUAGCGGCCUGCCGCGCACCAUGACGCAGAAGGACGUGGAGGACAUGUUCGCACGCUACGGCCGAAUCAUUAACUCACGUGUGCUGGUGGACCAGGCCACAGGGCUGUGCGGCGUGGCGUUUUCGCUGAUAAGCGUCCGAGGUGAGGACGCCAUCAAAGACCUGAACGGUCAGAAGCCCCCCGGGGCCUCCGAGCCCAUUACCGUCAAAUUCGCCGCCAACCCCAACCAGGCCAAGAACUCGCAGCUGCUGUCCCAGCUCUACCACUCUCAGUCCCGCCGCUUCGGCGGCCCCGUGCACCACCAGGCACAGAGGUUCAGGUUCUCCCCCAUGAGUGUGGAGCACAUGGGGGGGCUGUCGGGCGUCAGUGUUCCGGGGAACUCCACCUCUGGCUGGUGCAUCUUCAUCUACAACCUGGGCCAGGACGCGGACGAGGGCAUCCUGUGGCAGAUGUUCGGGCCCUUCGGCGCGGUGACCAACGUCAAGGUGAUCCGCGACUUCAACACCAACAAGUGCAAGGGCUUCGGCUUCGUCACCAUGACCAACUACGAGGAGGCGGCCAUGGCCAUCGCCAGCCUCAACGGCUACCGGCUGGGAGACAAGAUCCUGCAGGUCUCCUUCAAGACCAGCAAGUCUCACAAGUAGAGGGCCGGGCCUGGAGAAACCCCGCAAGAACCAGGAGAGAGGAGGAAGAGAGAGGGGAGAGGAGGGGAGGAGGAAGAGGGAGGGGGGGAGGAAGAGAGAAGGGAGGAGGAAGAGAGAGAGGAGGAUGUUCACUCUUCUUUGUUUUUUUUGUUUUUUUUUUGUGUUUUCUACAAAAAAAAGUUGACAACUGCAAAGGUAUAUUUAGUCAAUCUUCAGUGAAAAUACCCAUUUGUCAGAUUUUCACAUUUUUUCGUCCUGUUUAAAACUAAAAUGUGUAGAAUGUUUUUUUUGUUUUUCUUAAACUGGGAUGCAACUAAUGUAUUCUAAUUUUUUCUUUUUUUCUCGUUUUUGAUAUCCCAAGAUGUGUUGACCAAUUCUACACUUUUAUGUUCAUUUGUUUGUCUAAUACUAGAUUUCAGUGAGGUCACUAUGUGCCGUAUGCAUGGUUUAAAAAAAAAGGCUUCAGGUUUGCAGUGUCUUACAAAACUCUGAUUCCCUCUGUAACAGCUCUGUUCUGUGCUACUCCUAAACCUCAGUUCAGCUCUAGCCUUCUGCCUCCUGUCUGUUCUUACCUAAACUUACCUUAACUGAACUCACCUGAGCUUACCUUACCUGAACUCACCUGAGCUUUUCUUACCUUACCUGAACUCACCUGAGUUUUCCUUACCUGAACUCACCUGAGUUUUCCUUACCUGAACUCACCUGAGUUUUCCUUACCUGAACUCACCUGAGUUUUCCUUACCUGAACUCACCUGAGCUUUCCUUACCUUAACUCACCUGAGCUUUCCUUACCUUAACUCACCUGAGCUUUCCUUACCUGAACUUACCUGAGCUUACCUUACCUGAACUCACCUGAGCUUUCCUUACCUGAACUUACCUGAGCUUACCUUACCUUACCUGAACUCACCUGAGCUUUUCUUACCUUUCCUGAACUCACCUGAGCUUUCCUUACCUGAACUUACCUGAGCUGAACUUACCCGAGCUUAUUUGAGCUUACCUUACCUGAGCAUAGUUUAGUUUACCUUACCUUACCUUACUUGAACUUACCGGAACUGACCUGAGGCUAGUUGUGCUUUGCAGCUGCUAAAAUGGAUCUUUCCCUCCCGCAUGUAAAUCAGUGUUUUUUAGGCAUUGCAUUCUUGGCGCUCGGCUGAAAACUGCUCCUUAAGAAAAGGGUGUGGUGGCUUCAGCCAGAAUUUACAUUUUGAAGUUGGAAUUUCAAUUUUUUUUUUUGGAAAGGGUCCCUGAGAGCCGACUCUGAUAUAUAUAUGUAUGUAAAAAAAAAAAAAAGAAAGAAAAAGAUGGACCAAAGAGAUUGAAGGAAAGAAAUGUAUGAUCACGCCCCCGCCCCCGCCCCCGUCCCCGCCCAAGACACUCACUCACUCACCUAAGCCUCACUCCCCCUCGUGGGCCUCCCGGUGGAGCUCGUGGUGGGCCUCCUGGUGGAGCUCCCGGUGGGCCUCCCGGUGGAGCCUGCUGCGGUGCUCACUGAGAGGGGUGGCAGCAGAGCAGAGCCGCUCAGAGCGGCGGCGAGCGCCGGCGUCUCCCUGCGCUCGUCCUGUCAGCUCUUCUCUUCUCUUCUCUUUUUAACCGGCUGAGUGGGGAUUUACUCUCGAGUGAGGAGAGAGGAAGAAUAACUGAAAGUAACUUUUCUUUCAUUGCAGUGUAGUUUGGUAGUUAUGGAAGUCUGUUUAAAAAUAGUUUUCUAUUAAAGAAGAGAAAAAAAAACGAAUCCCAAACUUCUGGAACCUGCCUUGCGAAGCUGAAUUAACUUUUUUUUCUUCUUUUUUUCUUUGGUGUUUUUGUUUGAAUGUUUUUGCUUAUUUGCAUCACUUGUGAUCAUUAAUUAAAUUUGAUUUCUUUUCAUUAAA